AUGGGUUCUAAGCCCUCAAAGAGAAAACCCUUCACAACUCUUUCCCUCACCUUUCUUUCUCUAACUCUCAUGCUCAUCAUUUUCCGUAGUUUUCGCUGGAAGAUUGAAGUUCCAAGAAAAAACAUCAACUCUAUUUCUGUUAGAUAUCCCGAAUGGUAUCGAAUGAUAGCCCAAGAGCUAGCACAAAAAAGGAUAAGAGUUGGUUUAGUUAACGUAAACAAUGAGACAAGUGAAGACAUUGGAUCAUCAUUUAUGCAAGGAGAAGCUGAGAUUGUGAAGGUAAAUUUUGAUCGGGCUGCUGAUCAUAUUCAAUGGGGUCACUUAUUUCCUGAGUGGAUAGAUGAGGAUAAUCCUGAAGAACAGAAAUGCCCGGAAAUUCCUAUGCCACGGUACAAUGAUUAUGGGGAGUUUGAUGUAAUUGUGGCUAGUAUUCCAUGCCCUAUAGGAUGGGAAAAGGGCAUGGGGAUUAGGGAUGUAUUUAGGUUGCAAGUGAAUUUAGUGGUUGCUAAUUUAUUGGUAAGAAGUAGCUUUGAGUACCAUGAGGAUAAAAUGAAGUUCGUUGUGUUCUUAGGAUCUUGUAGUCCAAUGUGGGAAAUUUUUCGAUGUGAUGACUUGUUUUGGGAUGACGGGGCUUGGUCGAUUUAUAUGCCGGACUUGAGAAGGCUCAAACAGAAGGUGCUCAUGCCGGUUGGAACGUGUCAGCUUGCUCAUCCAUUCGCAGAAUCAGGUCAAGAAGGGUGGCGAAGAUAUGCACUUAACGAUGCAUUGUACCAGCCAAGAGAAGCCUAUGUAACUAUUCUCCACUCUUCAGAAGCCUAUGUUUGUGGUGCAAUAGCUUUAGCUCAAAGCAUCAUCCAAUCCAACUCAUCCAAAGACCUUGUAUUACUAGCUGAUGAUUCCAUCUCAAAAAAAUCCCUGCAAGGACUCGAGGCUGCUGGAUGGAAAAUCAAGCGAAUAAAAAGAAUUCGAAGCCCUCAUGCCGCGAAAGGUGCCUAUAACGAGUGGAAUUACAGCAAGCUCAGAAUAUGGCGUCUUAUUGAAUAUGAUAAGAUCAUUUUUAUAGACUCGGAUUUCAUAGUUCUUAGGAGCUUAGAUGAAUUCUUUGUUUAUCCACAACUAUCAGCUGUUGGGAACAAUGGGCACAUUUUCAACUCUGGCCUAAUGUUAGUGGAGCCAUCAAAAUGUGCAUUUCAAGCAGUAAUGGGCAAAAGAUUCACAAUGGCUUCAUAUAAUGGUGGCGAUCAAGGGUUCCUUAAUGAAGUAUUUACAUGGUGGCAUCGAUGGCCUGGAAGGGUUAAUUUUCUCAAGUUUUUCGGGGAUUCCUAUGAUUUGAUCAGACCUAAGAUUCCCAUGAAUUUGUAUACCAUUCAUUAUCUAGGAGUGAAGCCAUGGAUGUGCUACAAAGACUAUGAUUGUAAUUGGGACAUGGUAGGGUUUCAUAAGUUUGCUAGUGACUUGGCUCAUGAGAAAUGGUGGCAAGUUUAUGAUGCAAUGCCUAAGAAGCUCAGACCAUAUUGUGAGCUUAGUCCAAGAAUGGAUGCAAGAAUCAAAAAGUGGAGAGGUAAAGCUAAGAAUGCAAGUUUGCCUGAUAGACACUGGGAAAUUAGGGUGAAAGAUCCAAGAAUGCACGCCUAA